AAGAAGAAGAAGCAGUUGUAAUUAAUGUUGGGCACGAUGUUGAGUGGUCUACGUCUCAGAGGAACGCAGUUGAUCUCCUCUCGCAUUCAGAUGGGUCGACAGUUCACAACUUUCUUCAAUCAGCCACAGGACGAAUAUAAUGUGAAGCCCUUGAAGGGGAUCAAAGUCAUCGACCUUACAAGGGUAUUAGCUGGACCAUUUGCCACCAUGAUACUUGGUGACCUUGGGGCUGAAGUUAUCAAAGUGGAGAGACCUGGCACAGGAGAUGACACCAGAGCUUGGGGACCUCCAUUUGUUGGAAACGAGAGUGCAUAUUUCAUUAGUGUCAACAGAAAUAAAAAGAGUAUUGCUGUCAAUCUCAAAGAUCCUAGAGGAGCCAGGAUUAUAAAAGAGUUGGCAGAGGUAUGUGAUGUCCUUGUGGAGAACUACCUGCCCAGAAAAUUGAAUGAGAUGGGUCUUGGCUAUCAGGAUUUAUCAACAGUGGCACCCAGACUGAUCUACUGUUCAAUAUCAGGGUAUGGACAGACUGGGCCUCAGUCACACAAGCCAGGCUAUGACUCCAUUGCAUCUGCUAUAUCUGGCAUGAUGCAUAUCACAGGGCCUGAGCAUGGUGAUCCUGUGCGGCCAGGGGUGGCGAUGACUGACCUUGCCACAGGCCUCUACGCACAUGGUGCAAUACUGGCAGCUUUACUACAAAGGCAGAAGACAGGCAAAGGCUUACACAUUGACUGUAACCUGCUUUCCUCUCAGGUUGCUUGUCUAACACAUAUUGCUUCAAACUACCUCAACGCAAAGAAGGAGGCAAAACGCUGGGGUACUGCCCAUGAGAGCAUUGUGCCUUAUCAGGGAUUCAAAACCAGUGAUGGAUUUCUUGUUGUUGCGGCUGGGAAUGAUCUACAGUUUGUGAAAGUGUGCAAGGUCCUUAGCCUUGACAACUUGGGGGAUGAUCCAAAAUAUAGGACCAACAAAUUGAGAGUGCAACACCGUGAUGAGCUUCUGCAAGCGCUUUCUGAGAGGUUCUUGGAAGAGACCACAGAUGAGUGGUUGAGGAGGUUUGAUGGAACCGGUGUUCCAGUUGGACCCAUUAAUAGUAUUCAGCAGAUGUUUUCAGAUCCUCAGGUCAGUCACAAUGGACUCAUACUGGAGAUGGAGCACCCUACAUCAGGCACGAUUACUGUACCAGGUCCAGCUGUUCGCUUCAGCAACUUUGAAUUUGACAGACCGGCACCACCUCCUGUUAUUGGCCAACAUACUGUGCAGAUUCUUAAAGACACUCUUGGCUACAGUGAUGAUGUCAUACAUGAGCUUUUGGACUUGAAGACGAUUGAUCAGCAUGAGUUUCAACUAUAGUCUCUUGCGACAAAACGCCCCCAAGAAACCAUGAAUCCCUGUCUUGAGAAAUGUCACUGCAACAUGAAAUUAAUUUAUUUAAUUAUAUGACAUGUAGUGAUACAAUCAUCCCAGGAGUAGGAAUUGAGAUGUUUUUGUUCUGUGUUGCUAUGUGGUUUUAAAUAAUAUCCAGGUUAAUUGCACCACAUCUUAACUGUGUGAUUGCAUAAAAUGGAAAUUAUUGGAAUACAUGUCACAUGUGAGAAAUGUUCAUUUCUUUUCUUACAGUUGUUGCUAUCACUGUUGCUUUCUUUGUAACUGCACUACAACUGCAAAUACAAUAAACUAAACUACUGAG